AGUCAGAGUCUGAUCAUAAACACAGUGUGAUCAUACAGUUGUUAGGUCAGUGUUCAGGUGUGUUUGUCUAUCUGUCUCACUCCUUACCUGUCUGUCUCCAGUCUGUUUCACCUGCCUCGGCCAUCGGAGCAGCUGGAAUCUACUUCAACCUCUCAAUCUGAGUCUUAUGGUUUAAUACUUGAGUCAGUAUCCAGGCUGACAGCAGGAACAGAAUGGAGUCCAGACAGGACGAACAGGAAGAAGAAGAGGAGGAAGACCCCUCCAGGUCAUUUCCUGCUGCAGCUGAAGAAAUCCCCUCUCUGACUCAGUCAUCACCAUCCAACGACCUCACAGUGGAGGCUGAGGAAGAAACAGGAGCUGAAACACAGUGUGCUGUCAUGGCAAGAGCAUCAGUUGACUCGGCAGGUGAGUCUGGACCUCAGGUCUGUCCAGAAGAAGAAGAUGAAGACGAGGAUGAGGAAGAGCCCAGAAUCCAAAAGGCGAUCAGAAUCCAGGAGGAAGAGGACGAGGAAGAGCAGCCAGUUGUCAUUAGAGGAGAAACAGAAGAUGAAUCGACCUCAGAGCAGAGAUCAUCGACUCCAACAGGAAAUAGACCAGCCCCGCCCUCCACGCUGGCCUUAUCCGGAUCACGGCCAAAGAAGAAGAAAAUCUUGGUGGCUCCAGCGCUCAGCCUCUCUCUGGGUCGCAGUGAGUCCACCAUCUCUGACGAUUUCCCAUGUGGAUUUCUAUCUCCAUCUCUGGAUGAUGACAGCACGGGGCUGGACUUUGACCUGGACGCCAUAGAAACACCCUCUGACAGCGAGUCCCUGCCCUUCCCUAUGUAUGACCUGGACCUGGAAGAUGACCUGCGGCGCCUCGGCGUGGCAUCCCGUCGUUACAGACCUCUCGACCCUCGCCUCAGAUCCGGCUCUGGGUCCCAGUGUGGAGCUGGUCUCGAUCAAGAGGACACAGUGGACAGUCAGGGCAUCAGGUGGCGCCAUUUCUCCACAGGUGACCCCCCACAGCAGAGCCGGGUCAACAUGAGCGUCCUGGAGCCGUACCUCAGGGUUCUGUCACACGGAGGUUACUAUGGAGACGGCAUGAAUGACAUCAUCGUGUUCUCUUCCUGUUACCUGCCAGAGAACAAUCUGGAAAAUUAUCAAUAUGUGAUGGACAACCUGUUCAGGUAUGUCGUUGGGACUCUGGAUCUGAUGGUGUCAGAGAAUUACGUGAUCGUGUACCUCUGUGCUGGAGGUCAGACGGACAAACUGCCAGGAAUCAGCUGGCUCAGAGAGUGUUACACCACCAUCCACCGCAAGCUGAGGAAGAACCUGAAGGGCUUCUACGUGGUCCAUCCCACCUGGUACAUCAAGGCCCUCAUCACCAUCAUCAAACCCUUCAUCAGUUCAAAGUUCAGCAGGAAGCUGCAGUUUGUCGACAGCCUCCAGGAUCUGUCCCAUUUCAUCCCUACUGAGCAUGUGCAGAUCCCAGACUGCGUCAGACAGUACGAUGCAAACCUGUCCAGGUGAAAUUUUGUCUCAGGAAACAGCGGCAACUGGACAAACUGCAGAGACGAGGUAGAGAACAAAAACGCUGCCGUUUCUCUGACUGUUAUGAACGACUCAUCCUUGAGACAUUUUAUUUCAGAGUUGAACCAAACCUCAGGAUGAUUCGCUGACUUCAGAAACUGGACAAAUUGGGCCAUUUGAGAAGCAAAUGUUUGCCAUUUUAUGGCAAAAUCACGGAAACCGUUAACAUACAAUCAGAACAGAUACUGAUGCAGUAAUUAGAUGCAUUUAAGAUGAAUUUCAUAGUGUUUUUUCAGCCCACAACACUCAAACAGUGUGAUCUUUUCAUAACAUUUCAGAAAUAAUAUUUAACCCAACAUGCUGGAACAAACUGAGUGCAAUGGUUUUAGUUUUCUUAUCUUAUCUUAUUGGCUCAUAUGUUGGGUUUGCAUGUUAAUAAAAAAAAUAUUUAUGA